AUGGCCGAUCCGCUCCGCAGGACGCUCUCCAAGCUGCGGGGCAGAAGGUCCCAGCGAGGCGCGGCGGCGGGCGCCGGGCACCGCCACGGCGGGGUCUGCGCCCCGCAGGAUUUCAUAGAAAAUGUUUACAUAGCUUCGAGAAGCAGGAAGGAGCCCAAGUGCCCCCAGGCCAGCGAGGUGCCCGAGCACAGGCCGCAGGUGAACAGCAUAACCGUUUCCAAGAAACGCAGCUGGCUGCAGCAGAGCACCCACCGACGACCUCCUCCUCCUCUGGAAGAAGAAGAUGCCUGUAAGGAAGCGCACGGGGCUGUUACCAUGGUACCCAAAUCUCCCAUCCCGCUGCCCGAGCCCGCAGUGCCGUGGGCUCCCUCCAUGUCGGCAGUGGGGCGGGAGUGCCCGGCGCGGAGCUGUGCCCUGCCGGGCCCGGCCCCGCUGAGGAGCGCUGCCUUGGACUGCGGUGAGGAUGGCGACGCGGAUGAUGAAGGAGAAAUAUGGUACAACCCGAUCCCUGAAGAUGAUGAGCCCGACUUGCCCGGCGUCCACCCUUCUGCUGUGAAUAGCCUUGCUGCUGUGGGCUCCCCAUCAGUUUGGUACAAAGCCCACCCUGGGGGUGACUCUGGGGUGGCCACGAGUCCCCUGGAGGGUCCCACACGUUCCGUGGAGAGCACGGGGAGCAGCUGGACGGCACAGCUCGGUGAGGGGAGUCAGUCGGAUGCCGUGCAGCCCGGGGAACACACGCAGCAGCACCGGCAGAAGUUUGCCUGCAAGGCUCCCAGUGUGCCAACAGCAGAGGACAAUCCUGCCUUCAAGUGCCCUUCCACAGGGUUUGGAGCUGCUCUUGCACGCAAGCCUGACAUACCUUCCAUGGAGGUUUCUCCUCCAAGUCCCAGUCCCCUGAAAAAAAGUGGAUCAAUCAACUGGCCUUUCCCUGAUAGAAUUAAAUCUCCCAGGACCGUGAGGAAGCUUUCCAUGAAAAUGAAAAAGCUGCCAGAACUGAGCAGGAAGCUGAGUGUGAAGGGAACUUCAAGCCAUAGUAGUUCAGAUAAUCCUCCUUCCCUGCUGAAGGGUAGCUGCCGGGAUACAAGCCAUACAGUGUCUUUGCCUUCUUCUGGAAACUCAACCACAGCUGCCAGCAGGAAUGUGAUAAGCCGUUACCAUCUUGACAGCAGUGUGUCCUCACAACACACCUACAAAAAGAAGAGCUCAAGGAGCUCCAAAUCCUUCAACAAAGGUGGUUACCUCAGUGAUGGUGACUCUCCUGAACUUAUAGCAAAAUCAGGUAAACACAGACAUGAAGCAAAGUAUGGGAAAGGAAAGGAGAGCCUUCCAAGUAACAGUGGUAAACCUGAAAUAGAUAUCGAUGCCUUCAGACACUACAACUUUUCUGAUCAACCCAAGUGCUCUCAGUACAUCUCUGGACUCAUGAGCAUUCACUUUUAUGGUGCUGAAGACUUAAAACCACCACGAAUAGACUCAAAAGAUGUCUUUUGUGCAAUACAGGUUGACUCAGUAAACAAAGCAAGAACUGCCCUGCUCACAUGUAGGACAACAUUUCUUGACAUGGACCACACAUUCAACAUAGAAAUCGAAAACGCUCAGCACUUAAAGCUGGUGGUGUUCAGCUGGGAACCCACCCCACGGAAAAACCGAGUGUGUUGUCAUGGAACUGUGGCUCUUCCCACUCUCUUUCGGGUCACCAAAACACAUCAGCUGGCUGUCAAACUGGAGCCCAGGGGGCUUAUUUAUGUCAAGCUGUCACUCAUGGAGCAGUGGGAGAACUCUCUCGAUGGCCUUGAUGCAGACCGUGAGCCUGUGAUGUUUGGGGUAGAUGCUCGAAAAGUUGUAGAGAAGGAAAAUGCAGGCUUGAUGGUGCCACUUUUGUUGCAGAAAUGCAUUCUGGAGAUUGAAAAGAGAGGCUGUCAGGUGGUGGGUCUGUACCGGCUCUGUGGCUCGGCAGCGGUGAAGAAAGAGCUUCGGGAGGCGUUUGAGAGAGACAGCAAGGCUGUUACUCUCUGUGAGAGCCAGUACCCAGAUAUUAAUGUCAUAACAGGUGUCCUAAAGGAUUAUCUGCGAGAGCUGCCCUCUCCCCUAAUAACCAAGCAGCUCUAUGAAGCAGUAUUGGAUGCCAUGGUGAAAAAUCCCUUGAAAAUGACAGCAAAUGGUUGUGAGAAUGACCCAAGUGAUUCUGAGCACACAGCAGCCCUUCUGGAUUGCCUGCCAGAUGUUGAGAAGGCUACCCUGAAGAUGCUGUUGGAUCACCUGAAACUGGUGGCUUCUUACCACGAAGUAAAUAAGAUGACGUGCCAGAAUUUAGCUGUGUGUUUUGGCCCUGUGUUACUGAGCCAGAGGCAGGAGACCACCAACCAUAACAACAGAGUCUUCACAGACUCAGAAGAGCUUGCUAGUGCCCUGGACUUCAAAAAGCACAUAGAGGUUCUUCACUACUUACUUCAGUUGUGGCCAGUUCAUCACUCACCUGCCAAAGAAGCAUCACAUCUGAAUGCAUUUACUGAGCACUCAUCCUCCCUGAAUUACCUGAGACCCAAGAGGCAGAGACCUCAGAUGCUGAAUCUGAGCGGCACCGAGGUGUCGGGGCUGCUCAGACCAAGGCCGGCAGGUCUAGACAGCCCAUCGAGCAACCGCUACGCUGGGGACUGGAGCAGCUGUGGGGAGAACUAUUUCUUAAACCCCAGGGACUGCCUGGGUGAGGCAGACUAUGAUGAUGUCCCUUCAGAGGACACAGAGAGUGGAGAUGACAGCAGCAAAGCCGAGGAGCUGGACGCUCCUGCGAGACGCCCUGAGCCCAGCCCCGGGGAGCACCCCUUUGGGAGCUACCUGACAGUGCAAGCUAUAGACUCUGCAGUGGAUCACAGGACACACCUCAAGGACCUGCAGGAAAGUAUUGAUACUCUCAUAGGAAACCUGGAAAGGGAACUCAAUAAAAACAAACUAAAUAUGAGUUAUUAAAUCCUGUCCUGCGUAACAUCUCCUUGUGCCUCCAUGGCCCUUGUUGGGCUUCCCUAGCUGUGUGAGGAGUGACGGUGCCCCUGAACACCUUGUGGUAAGGCCACGGCCCACCUUGUGUUAGCACAUUUUAAGCCAUUCCGUAAUGUUUCUGCCUUUCUGUCUGAAGGCAUUGUCUUGAUUUGUGUUGGAGACAAGCUUAGACUGUGAUGUGAUUCCACGUAGUGGCAUUUCUCCCUAAAAACACUAUGCACUUAGGUGGCCUGGGCAGUACCUGAUAGAAGACAAAGCAACAUCUUUGCUGUCAGUGGCGGCAGAAUUCCUCAUUCCUGGCUCCAGUACAGAUGUUCCUCUCAGAAGAGGAUGAACGCUGCUCGGCCUGACUUUUGCAGCAGGGACUUGAGAUGGACCUGUUUUACUAUAUAUGCAAUGGCUGCUAUGAAAAAUGCUUUAUAUAAUAUUUAUAUAUAAAGUUUUAAUUGUACAAAUAUUAACAUAUUACUGUAUUAACACUUUUCGGUAAUUAUUUAAACAAGCAAAAAUAAAUAUUUUUCUAACCUUGUUUGUACAUAUAUAUGUAUAAAUGUGCAUGUGUCUGUAGCCAUCUUUGAAAAGGAAAGGUCUCAGAAUUAUGAAAUGUUCCCAUUUCUAGGAAGACAUGUUCAGUGAUGCCAGGACAAGGUUACCCUUUGGGUAACACAGCAUUUGAUUUAUGCACAGAAACAUGGCCAGAGAGAAGGUAGGGUGAAUGAUUAAUGGAAAUGACCUUGUGUAUUGCAGGAACAGCUGUUUGCAGGUGUUCACUAUUAACUCUCACACACACACCACCCUUUCUCUGUUUGUUUGGGUUUUUUUCCUUACUGCAUUGUUUGUUUCUUGCUC